GGAUUACAGGCGUGAGCCACCGUGCCCAACCUCAAUGUGGAUUUUUUCAAUUGACUUAUUUGCUGGUAAACAAUUUAUAGACUUCUGAAUUUUUAAAACCCAGUUCUGAGUUUUCUCCAGUUUUAUAAUAAAAAAACAAAUUGUAAGGCUGUAGUGAAAUUCUCCAUCUUUUCAUCUGUUUUGUUCUUUUCUUCUUUUCUUGUCAUAUUAAUCAUAGCCAUUUUAAAAGUUCUUAUUUGUUAAGUUCAACAUUUAGAUCAUCUGUGAAUCUCUUCUCUCGGCACGCCUGGUAAUUUUGGACUGAAUAGACAUUAAAAAAAUUGUGGAGGUUUUGGAUGGUGUUUUCUUCCUUAAGUGAAGGUCCCUCCCCUCUGCCCCCAGUUUCUGGUAAGGCAGAUGGUAUGGCAAUAUUUAAUCCAGUCAACGACUGAGCUGGCUAAAUCUGGGGUUCACCUUUAGUCAGGGUGUGACUGUCUCUGGCUCAUUACUGCCUUAUGCUGUAGUCCUCCAGACAUUCCAAAGAGCCUGGAGUGAUGACUAGGAGCUCUUCCCUUGGUCUGUUUAUGAUGGUGAAGAACAUGGACGUUUCAUGGAGAAGCUUGAAACUCGUAUCCGUAAUCACGACCGAGAAAUUGAGAAAAUGUGCAACUUUCAUUACCAGGGCUUUGUGGACUCUAUAACUGAACUGCUGAAAGUGAGAGGAGAAGCUCAGAAACUCAAAAAUCAAGUGACGGAUACUAAUAGAAAACUACAACAUGAGGGAAAGGAACUGGUAAUAGCAAUGGAAGAGCUGAAGCAGUGUCGACUACAACAGAGAAAUAUUUCUGCCACUGUUGAUAAAUUAAUGCUGUGUCUUCCAGUCCUAGAGAUGUACAGCAAACUGAGGGACCAGAUGAAAACUAAAAGGCAUUAUCCUGCACUGAAAACUCUGGAACAUCUAGAGCAUACCUACCUGCCUCAAGUAAGCCACUAUCGAUUCUGCAAGGUGAUGGUGGACAACAUCCCCAAGCUUCGAGAAGAAAUAAAAGAUGUUUCUAUGUCCGAUCUCAAAGACUUUCUGGAGAGCAUCCGCAAACAUUCAGACAAAAUUGGAGAGACUGCCAUGAAGCAAGCCCAGCAGCAAAGAAACCUGGAUAACAUCGUCUUGCAACAACCCAGAAUAGGUAGCAAGAGGAAAUCUAAGAAAGAUGCAUAUAUAAUCUUUGAUACAGAGAUAGAAAGCACUAGUCCUAAGUCUGAACAGGAUUCAGGAAUUCUGGAUGUUGAAGACGAGGAAGAUGAUGAAGAGGUACCUGGGGCCCAAGAUUUGGUGGAUUUCUCUCCAGUUUAUCGAUGUCUACACAUAUAUUCUGUCCUGGGUGCCCGGGAAACAUUUGAGAAUUACUACCGAAAACAGAGGCGAAAACAGGCUCGUUUGGUACUUCAACCUCCAUCUAACAUGCAUGAAACUUUAGAUGGCUACAGGAAGUAUUUUAAUCAAAUUGUAGGCUUUUUUGUGGUUGAAGAUCACAUUUUACAUACAACCCAGGGCUUAGUAAAUAGAGCCUACAUUGAUGAACUGUGGGAAAUGGCACUUUCAAAAACCAUCGCAGCACUCCGUACCCACUCGUCUUACUGCUCUGAUCCCAACCUUGUGUUAGAUUUGAAGAAUCUCAUUGUGCUUUUUGCUGACACACUUCAGGUGUAUGGUUUCCCUGUAAAUCAGCUUUUUGACAUGCUGUUAGAAAUCAGAGAUCAAUAUAGUGAAACUCUGCUAAAGAAGUGGGCAGGUAUUUUCAGAAACAUACUUGAUUCUGACAACUAUAGUCCUAUACCAGUAACAAGUGAAGAGAUGUACAAAAAGGUGGUAGGACAAUUCCCAUUUCAAGAUAUAGAACUGGAAAAGCAACCAUUUCCAAAAAAGUUUCCUUUCUCUGAAUUUGUGCCAAAAGUUUACAACCAAAUUAAAGAAUUUAUCUACGCUUGUCUGAAGUUUUCAGAAGAUCUUCAUCUAAGCUCAACUGAAAUUGAUGACAUGAUUCGUAAAUCAACAAACCUGUUGCUGACCAGGACUCUAAGCAACUCUCUGCAGAAUGUCAUUAAAAGGAAGAAUAUUGGGCUUACUGAGCUUGUCCAGAUUAUUAUCAAUACAACACAUUUGGAGAAAUCCUGUAAGUACUUGGAAGAAUUUAUCACCAACAUCACUAAUGUGCUUCCAGAAACAGUUCACACUACCAAGCUCUAUGGCACCACAACUUUUAAGGAUGCUAGACAUGCAGCUGAAGAAGAGAUUUAUACCAACUUAAACCAGAAGAUUGACCAGUUCCUACAGCUGGCAGACUAUGACUGGAUGACUGGAGAUUUGGGCAACAAAGCUAGUGAUUACCUGGUAGACCUCAUUGCCUUUCUUCGUAGCACCUUUGCUGUAUUCACACACCUUCCUGGAAAGGUGGCCCAGACAGCGUGUAUGUCAGCUUGCAAGCAUUUAGCUACAUCCUUGAUGCAACUUUUGUUGGAAGCUGAAGUGCGGCAGCUCACCUUGGGAGCAUUACAGCAGUUCAACUUGGACGUCAGAGAAUGUGAACAGUUUGCCAGAUCCGGCCCGGUGCCUGGGUUCCAGGAGGACACGCUGCAGUUGGCCUUCAUCGACUUGAGACAACUUUUGGAUCUUUUCAUCCAGUGGGAUUGGUCAACCUACCUUGCUGACUAUGGUCAGCCCAACUGCAAGUACCUCCGGGUAAACCCAGUGACUGCUCUGACCCUGCUAGAGAAGAUGAAGGAUACUAGCCGCAAGAACAACAUGUUUGCACAGUUUCGGAAAAAUGAGCGAGACAAGCAGAAACUCAUUGACACUGUGGCCAAGCAGCUCCGAGGACUCAUCAGCAGCCACCACUCAUGAAGGGUGGCCUGGACCUACAGAGGCGACUUGCUGCAGCCCCUUUGUCUGGGAUCCAACCCCAGCUGACCCUGCAUUUGUGUAUUCUUCUUCAAAGAGAGCAUAUGUAUUUUUUUAUUAACCCCUGUGCAGUGUUCACAUAACAUUUCCCUAUAGUAAAAGAGGCACAAGAAUAAGCAAGUACAUGAGAUGUUGCUAGGCUGGGACUCAGGGGAAGUUAUUACUACACUAUCUGUGUUAUCUUAGAGAUGGUGGUAUCAUCAAUCCCAGUGUGAUGAACCACCUUCCAUCCAUGGCUCUAAAGCUUAGGUCUGGGGCUUAGGAACCACACAAAAUGGGUAUCUGGCACUGGGAGGUAGAGUGAAUAAGCAAAAGGAUACUAAAAUAUGUCCUGUUCACUCCUGGAUGCCCAUUCACCACAUAGAUGAGGCUGAUUCUUCUCAAUGCAAGGAAAGGGCCUGGCAAACAUUAUUUAAUACACUAAGGGGAGCUCUGGAGGGUCAUCUCCUCAGUCUGCUGACUUUCACUGGCUUGUGAACAAACAUGUCAUAUGGCAAGAUGACAGCUUCAUUCCAAUCCCCCAAGCUUGGCAAUUUCUUUAGCCUAGAUCUAACCUGAGGCUUUUACUGCAAAUUUUUCUGGGGCAGGAUACAGCUAAGUAGAGAGCAGUAAUAAUUGGAUCCCAUCUUUAACUGCAGAUUGCCCCAACUCUAGAAGUGUUGAGUCUCAAUCCGAGGAGUUUUUCUGGAUCUUGAAAGCCAGUUUUCAUGGAAUCAGAGACCCAAUCCCUUCCCUGCUCAUCUCAUUUCCUUCAUUCACAGUCAGCGCAUUUGGUUCAGGACAUAAAUCAACAGUUAUUUCCAUAGGUCUUCACAGAGCGUCUGAGACUUAGCCUUCUCCAGUAAUGCAGUUGAAAUAUUUCAGAUUUCAGAAGCUUAAAAAUGGCCCUUACCUUACCCUUAGGUGAAACCUGAGGAUUAGUUGGGAUUGUUCCUUUACGUUUUAAAACCAGUUUUUUGGCUAUGAUCUUCAAGGAAAUGUCACCAGCUCUGCACUGUGGGGGCAGCCAUGACUGGAGUGGAUGCAUCUAGGGAUGGAGACAUUGUUACCAUAAAGUCAGCAGAGCCAACCAUGGCUUGUGACUUGUUGCCUCUGGCCCAACUGUCCUUCACUAAAUAAUAUCCUUAUUUAGUCAUUAUUUUGUCAUUGAAGCCCAAGGUUCCCAUCCUCUUUUGAGAUCCCCAAAGCCGUCUUUGGCUUUGUCUGAGAAAGAUUGCCUAUAAUCCUAUCCUCCAAACUCUAAAGCCUGGAGCAGCUUAGCUUGGGAGGCUGCAUUCAUUGUCCCAGAUGGACUCCUGAGACUUAAUACAAGAGCUUUGCUAUGAAGUCAGUCAGGGGAAACUGUACUUUAAGAUACUUCAGAAAGAUGCUACUAUGGCUACUGGCAAGAGUAUAAUUGCGCAUCACCAAACAAUGACAAAUAAGCCACACAGGCCUUUCCAGCUUGGAUUGGUGGGAGGAGAGACUCAUCAAACAGAAUUCUUCACUACCUUUGUCAGCUACUGAGUUGCUUCUGGGGAGGGAGCACUUCCUUGCCCCCCACCACCCUCAACCCCUCUACCUCACCAUAUCCUAUCACAUCUUGAUAGUCACAGGGAAGAGGAUGUGCACACAGACAUACAAACUUCCUCAAAGCUGGAGAGACCAGGCUACAUGUGAGCUCACAGAUGCCUGCUGCAGCUCAUCCUGAGGGCUGGGUGGUUGGCCAGGGUUUCAGGAUGAGGGUAGGGGAUGAACACUGCCACCCAGAACUUGAUAAGCCAAGAGAAGGCAGGAGUCAAAAUGGCAUCGCCAAGCUCUCAUCUUUGUUGAAACAAGUGAGAAACAAUUAUAUUAAUCUGAAGUUCUAUUGCUUGAGAAGGGUUAAAAACACUUUUCUUCGCUAGUACCCUCUUUGCAGCAAGAUCUCUUCAGCUUUAAGUGCUGAGAGACUUUGAAGUGGAAAUGGAGAGACAUGUAAGCAUGCCACAGUGUUUAUCUUUAGAGGAUCAUCAUUGCUGGUCUCAUCCCAAACCUCUGCCUUGGAAGAACUGUGCUAUAGAGGAAAAGGUGAACAAGGUGGAGGAAUAGGGGUUAUUCUGCACAGAAGUCCCCUGAAAGAAAAAGCCUAUUCAAGCUCAAUAUAUAAAGAUGGACCCUUUGAUAUAUCUUCUCUCCAUUCUUAGUCUACCUUCACCUUGUCUAACUAAAAGCAACAUGCAGCUACUAAGUUAUAUGUAGAGGCAUACUCUUGGUUGGCCAGGGAAGGUAAAAACAGGGACCAGCAAUGUCAAGUUUUUGAAUUAGAAAAGUGGAAUGUUUUUAGUUUUGUCUAUAGACCUGUAGCUGGGCCAACCCGUGAGAGGACUUGUGCAAAGCAUGUGUGCCCAUACCCAUCAGACUCCUCAGAUAUGGCCUCAAAUACCUAGAGAUAUAGAAGCCCUGGAGGGCCUCAAUAAGAGGGCAAGCACACAGAUGGCUAGAAGCCUAUAUGGCUUUUGGUCAGGAUGAACCCUUGGCCAAGUUCCUGGGGAAACCAGGUCUAUGUUCCUGAAGGGACAGUCCAGUUUGGGACCCUAUUAGGUUUCAGCAGUAAUAUAGGCUGCUUGCAUCAUUUUAACAUUCAUAGGAAAAAUCUCUUUGAGCAGGCUAUAAAUGAAGCUGUUGCAGGAAAGAAGGAAUAGGACCUGAAAAUGGGAACCAGGAAGUGAGACCCUGUUGGCAAAGGGAAUGUACAGCUUCCAGGGUGCAUUGCCCAGUGUUCUCAUUGCAUACCAGUCCUCCAAGUCAGUCUAGCCUUACUGUACACUUGACAAGUGCUUACUCAGCAAGUCACAGACCCACGGCCUUUUAUCUCCCAAGAUUGGCUUUGGCCAUGACCUUCCUCAUCAGGCCUCUGAGCACACUCUCUAGGGACUGCUGCAGAAAUUCCCCUACUUUAGCCUCCCUUCUCCCGGGACUCCUCUCUUGACUGCAAUUGCCUCUUCUUUUUUUUUUUUUUUUUUGCCUGCAUUCACAAAUACUUUUCACAAAGGUGUUGGAAAUGGCGUUUUUAUUUUGCACAGAUAGUUGCACAUUUAUAGAGAAAAUUAGGAAAGUCCAUUUUUAACUCUGAAGGGAACUUUUUUCUCUAAAACUUACUAGUAAAGCUACUGAUAUGGAUGGGCCGCAUGGUUAGGGGAAAUCUCCUCUGUGAAAAGAGCAUGUUUAUUCCUCUUGUACAUUUUCCUCUUUUAACUGCUAUUAAACAAGAAAGCCUACAUACCUGUUUCAAAAGCCA